CCUUGGUAGUUGUGCAUAUAUCCUCGCCAGUUGGCGCUACUUUCUAUGUUUAAGGUAUUUAUCUCCCGAGGGAAAACUUCGCUAAAAUAGAUGGCACCACUUUGUACGUGUACGACAAACAAAAAGUGACGAGGUGGCCUCCAGUGGCGAAGGUCGGAUUCGAACCAGCGUCUUUAGCUAACCGGGGGGGGCGUCUUUAGCCAGUUAACGUCAUGAACCCCUAGGCCACCCCGUCACGGUGAAACUGGUCCUAAUUUCUCGACUAUAUAUGCAAUCGUAAUGAGACUAGGCGUUAUGUGAAAUUCGCAUGUAUCGAUGCCAAUUUCCUAUAGCUCGUUGAGCAAUAAUGUAAAUGACUACAUUUGACCUCGCUCGACAAAGAUGGUUCAGUUUGCACCGAAAGUUGAGGUAAGUACAUAUAUUUAUAUUUUAAUUAUUACAAAAUAAUGUAGUUUCGUUUCCUGUACGAUAACUUAACAAACAAAUCUUUUCCUCUUUUCAUAUAGUUCAUGAGAAUCGUUUCACACGUUUCUUUACCACAUGCGCCCCGCCCGCCCGUCUACACCCCACCCCUCAACUGAAUUUUUCUGCUAUAAAAGAGCAUGUUGAACCAUAUUCCCACUACAGUGUCACAACGAAUAUUGCGUUGAAAUCAUGGAUCCGCAAGCUUCAUCACAUACCAAAUCCGACAACAAUACCAUCACCACUUGGUGCUGCCAGUGCUGGUUGUCCACCACCACAAGCGGCGGCGGCGGCUGUGACGGUGGCUGUAGCAGCUCCACUUCGCAAUCGUCACCCGGACCACAACCGAUGGCAACAGCAAAGGCACUGUUAAAACAAGACGAUGGGGACAAGGGAAAAACAAACUGCCUAGAGAGCGCUUCUGAGAGCGAUACGAGCGAUGAAAUGAAAUCUUUUUAUCAAGGAUGUAAAAGCAAGUGGAUAAAAGCGUUCCAGAACAAUACUCUGAUUAAUAGAUGGCGCCUCCCCAUGCCAUUUCACACAUUUAGAGCGGAAGUAGCGAGAUUGUUAAAACGAUUGUAUAUCGAAGGUCACCAUGACGAUUGUCAUAUUUACCCGUUAAUUGUAAUGUGGGACGAUUUAAACGAUGACGUAGAAGAGAUAGUGGGAGAUGCUCAAAUCAACUAUCAAGACUGGAUUGCGUUAUUAGGUGGCGUUACAGCGGAACUAUUUUCACGCGUGGUGUUCAAUACUAAAUCUUUUAAUUAUUUAAUCAAUGUAAUAUUUUGUGUGCUAGGUCCAAACAUAAUAGCUUCCGGUGAUUAUGAAUGUGAACCUAAAUGUAAGAAUGCUCGUACAUAUUAAGGUGAUGAUGCAUUUAUUCCUUGUCAUUGUUUAAUUUUAAAUUGUUAGCUCGCUGCGAAUGUAAAUGUUUUAAUGUACACGUAUUAAUAAUAAAUUCAUAUUACUGAAUA